UUCAAUCCAUCGUCGCUGUUUGACUAGGCAUUAUUGAUCCUCUUACCCUUACGGACCGAAGCCUAGAAUACCAGGAACAGUUUAACCCGCAGCUCAAAAACAUGGCGACUCGCCGAACACAAGGCCAAUCGUCCUCGGAGAAAGAGACGUCGCCUAUCCCGCAACAGCCUGUCUCUUCGGAUGUCAGCCCAGCUGUUCCUGCAGAUGUCAUCUACAAGCUCCUUGGGUUCACAGCAGCGAUGAUCGUCGCGCCAAUCGGUAUCUACUUCUUAACUGUCGAGUCGAUUUUUCGAGGGAAUUCGACUUGGGCAGCUAUCAGCGCUGCGGUCACGGCUAACAUCAUCCUGGUCGCGUACAUCAUAGUUGCGUGGAAGGAUGAUCAGGGAGAAAGGCUCGCGCAAGAAAAGAAGGCGCAGUGAUGGAUUGGUUGUUUUGUUUUGUUGUUAUAGUGCUGUUUCGACAUGCCGAAGAGAUUAAAAAAAGUGGAGGCAUAUGGAUCUUCGCUUUUUGAGUUU